UUUCUGAUGCAUCAUUAAAUUUCUCAUCAUUUUCGUUGUGUUUAUUUCUUCAUAAGUCGACAUUCAAAGUCACUUAAAAUGACAUUUACUUUGGUUAUUGCAGUUGUACUCAAUUUGACGGUUUUCUUGUCAAUAUUUGACAGUUUUCCUAUUGAAGGUGAGGAUUUCAUUAGACGUCCAUUAGAUUGCGGUGACAUUGACAUCAAACGUGGCAGUGGAGUAUAUAAAAUCUACCCGGAAAAUUCAAGAUAUGGUUUUAAUGUUUACUGUGAUAUGGAUACAGAAGAUGUGGAUGGAGGAUGGACUGUUUUCCAACGAAGAUUAAAUGGCAAGGUUUCUUUUCACAGAGGAUGGUCUGACUACAAAGAUGGUUUUGGUACUCUUAAAUCGGAGCACUGGCUUGGUAAUGAAAAACUACAUAAUCUAACUUCUCAAGGAAAUUAUGAAUUGCUAAUCACGAUGGAGGACUUUUCGAAUGAAAAUAGAUAUGCCAAAUAUACCAACUUUAAAAUAGGCGAUGAAAAAACCAAAUUUAAGAUGACUUUUGUGACGUAUACGGGAGAUGCUGGUGACUCUCUUGCCCAUCAUAAUGGUAGAAAGUUCAGUACUAAAGAUCAGGAUAAUGACGAUCAUUCAGGGCCCUGUGCUAAAUGGCAUAAGGGUGGAUGGUGGUACGGAGCCUGUCACACUGCCAAUUUAAACGGUCUUUAUCUCGCUGGGAGUGACUCUGCCAGCACUAUUGGGAUUAAUUGGAAGGCUUGGAAAGGCUACAAUUACUCACUGGAAUCAACAACUAUGAUGAUAAGAAGAAAAUGAAUUAAAAUUGAUGAAUAAAAGAGAAACGUGA